ACUCGUCUCGCUGGCGCAUACUGCUCCUGCCCUCCACACCGCUCCGGCGCGACCACGGCGAAAGCCGCGCAGCCACCUCCCCGAAUCGAGCCAAAUUGGCUCCCGCGCCACCAUCUCCACCCCGAUCGCAAUGCCACCACGUGGUCAACCCCAAAGGUCGCCGUGACCCGUGCCGGAGAGAUCUCGCGCUCCGGCCCCGUGUCACCGCGCAGCUGUGCUGUCGCAGGCCCACCCGUUCGCCCACCCCGCCACGCUCUCGAUAAGGCCGCCGCCCGCGGCCGCCCGCACCGACACGCUGGAGCCGCCGCAGCAGGAGGCGGUGAAACCGUCGCCGACCAACGGUCGCAUCCGCUACCGCACGCCCUCGGCGGCCGAUCUGCUCCCCGCCGACGAUCUCGCCGCCGCCCCCUCCGCCGCGGACGCCGCGGCGGCCACGGCGGCGGCCGCGAGGAUGCGGCGCUACUCGGGCGCCGGAGCACGGCAGCAGCAGCAGACGGAGGCGGUGGCCGACCGCGUGCACCGGUACCGUCGGGUGCUGAUGGUGUUGCUCUCGCCGGUACUCCUCAUCUCGUUCGUGCUCCUUCUCAUGCCGCGCGCGCCGGCCUCCGCCUCAGGGGGUGGGCUCCUCGCCGUUGGUGGUCGGAGGUGGGGGCCCCGGGCCGUUGAGGACGGAUUGAACAAGUAUGCCGUUAUAUUUGACGCCGGCAGCUCCGGGAGCCGCGUGCACGUGUAUUGCUUCGACGAAAACCUGGAUCUAGUGCCUAUAGGGAAGGAGAUUGAGCUGUUCAAACAGAAAAAACCAGGCCUGAGUGCUGCAAAGGGUCCACAGGAGGCUGCUGAAUCACUCAUUUCUCUUUUAGAGGAAGCUGAGAAAGUAGUUCCAGCAGAGCUGCGUGGACAAACACCUGUCAGGGUUGGGGCCACUGCAGGUCUCAGAGCAUUAGGGACUGAAAGGUCUGAAGAAAUUUUGCAAGCGGUUAGGGAACUUCUCCGUGACAAGAGUUCUUUCAAAUCCCAGCCAAAUUGGGUCAGUGUUCUAGAUGGAUCACAGGAAGGCGCGUUCCAGUGGGUUACCAUCAAUUAUCUUUUGGGAAAAUUGGGAAAGCCAUACUCAAAUACAGUUGGAGUUGUUGAUUUAGGAGGUGGUUCAGUCCAAAUGGCUUAUGCUAUCUCAGAGAAGGAUGCAGCAAAGGCACCUGAAGUGGCAGAUGGUGAAGAUUCAUAUGUGAAGGAGCUGCUACUUAAGGGAACAACAUACUAUCUUUAUGUUCACAGUUAUUUGCAUUAUGGUUUGCUGGCGGCUAGAGCGGAGAUCUUAAAAGCUGGCGAAGGCAGUGAUUACAGCGACUGUAUGUUGGAGGGGCAUCUUGGGAAAUACAAUUAUGGUGGUAAUACAUUUGAAGCAUCAGGCUCACCUUCUGGUGCUAGUUAUUCCAAGUGCAGGGCUCUUGCAGUUAGAGCUCUUAAAGUUGAUGAGCCAGCAUGCACACAUAUGAAAUGCACAUUUGGCGGUGUGUGGAAUGGUGGUGGUGGAGAUGGACAAAAGAAUCUUUUUGUAGCAUCUUUUUUCUUUGAUAGGGCUGCUGAGGCUGGUUUCGUGAACCCAAAAGCAGCAGUUGCUAAGGUUAAACCUUCAGACUUUGAAGAAACUGCACGACGGGUUUGUAAAUUGAACUUGAAGGAUGCACAGGCAACCUACCCUGAUGUCUCAGAGGAGAACAUUCCCUACCUUUGCAUAGAUCUAGUCUACCAAUACACAUUACUUGUCGAUGGAUUUGGUGUUGAUCCUUAUCAAGACAUUACCUUGGUAAAGAAAGUACCUUAUGGUGAUUCGUAUGUUGAAGCAGCAUGGCCCCUUGGUAGUGCCAUUGAGGUUGCAUCUUCAUCAUAGAAACAGCACGGCAGUAACUUAUUUUUCAUUUUUUUAUAUAUAAUAUAUAUAUAUAUAAAUCUUCCAUCGUUAUAGUUUUUGGCUUAGUUUACUGAUCUGUAGUAGUGAGUUUAGAUCCUGGGUUUGACGCUAGGGUUUUGCCUUGAUUCACCAUUUGUUAUCCAUUUCCAUUCUAUUUGUUUAGGUUCCUACACAUUAACAACGUAUACAUGGAGGAGUAUAGAUUGUAGUUCUGUGCCAGCAUUUUCCCCUCUACGUCCCCAGUUAUUUAGAAGCCUUUGUCAUUCAUCGUUAGUAUGCUUUGUGGGUUGUUCAAUGUGAUACCAUUCUUUUUGUUCCCUUUCGCCAAUUGGGAUUGCUCAAUGUAAUAAACGCAUGGUUUGCCUUU